CUUUCAGUAAAUACUCGUUAAGCACCCACAGUGAGCCUAAAGGAGGAAUGGAAAUACCUAAGCUGUAAAAAAAAUGGCUCCAGCUCCUGCCACCCUGGAGCUUACAGGGUAGCAGGGGAGAUACACAUUAAAUAAAUACGUACACAAAUGAUUAUUUAGGGACAGCUACAAUUUGUGUUAUGAAGAAUGUGGUGAAAAGGUAUAAUGGGGGUCCUGAUAUGAUGUAGCAUCAGAGGUGUAUGUGAGGGAGGAGUCGUUAGACAAACUUCGUGAGGAAGUGCCGUUUAAGCUGGGACUUCAUGGAUGAAUAGGAGUUGGCUGGGGGAUGCCUGGGAGUGGAAGGAGGAAGCGAUCCAGGCAGACAGGCAUUUUGUUCCGAGGCCCUGUAGCCACAAGGUGGCUGGCUCACUAGAGGAAAAGACACAAAGGUAGUAAGUUGACUUACCCCCAGACCAUCCACUAUCAAAAGCCCUCAGCUGGGAGGUUGGAAAUUGGAGAGAAACCCAGGCCCCCAGGAACUGUGUUCUCAGUUGCAUCUGUUAUCUCUUCCCUUUCAGACUCUCCCUGCCUGGUGGCAAAGACUGCCAGGUCCCAGACCCUGACCCCGAGGCCAAGCGAACAAAGGUUUUGGCUCAAAUACCCAGAAGUUGCAGAUGUGGCUCACUUUUCCCACAUGUGAACUUCAGCCAAGACACCACGACAGGGACUCUGUCCUCUGAAUGCCCUCGGAUGCCUCAAUCCUGUCCCCAUCACACGCCACUGGGUUUUGUGAGGCUAUUUAGGCAGAUAAGUUUCCCUCACUGAAGAAAAGGGAAACAGCAUGAAAGAAAACAAUGGCCCCAAAGGAAGAAUAUGUGAUUGACGUAAACGGGGAUGUUCCCUUAGGAGCAUCAUGUAUCAAAAAAGAAGCCAAGCCCCAGGUCAUUUAUUUCUCUGCCUGUUUACAUGAAAUGGAAAGAUAUGUUUAAGUUUCCUGUAGCUUUACACUGCAAAUUGAUGCUCCCAGAAAGGAAGCCGUAUGUUCCAGACGUAGCAGGUUUCUUUUGGAAUUCACAUGUUGGCAGUCUGGCGCUAUCCCCUAAAUGGUACUUUCAUUGUCUUUUUGUUCAAGACAGCAAGCUUCUUCCAGGAUCAGAACUGCCUGCCAGCCUCCGUUGAUAAACAGCCCACCAGCUCUCGUGGUAGAUCAGGUUUAAUGAUUAGCCUAACUCCUUGUUUACCUAAGUGGCAAUUACCACUGCAAUGGAAUAAUAUUUUAACUGCAGGGGAAGCAUUACGGAGAGCCCCCCAAGAAAACCUACUGGCUGGGAAUGGCCAACAGAGCUGCCCAUACUCAGAGGAGAGGACCACUCCAUCCCGGCUGGCAGAUCUCUGUGUCUGAGAUGCUGUCAUUAGACGCUGCUCCGAAGACCUAAGGAAAUGUGCCCAGGAGAAGUGUAUGGUCCCAAUCCUUUCAACUGAGGCUCAAUGGCCCAGCAAAGUAUGAAAGUGAGGCCUGUGCUUCUGAAGCAUAACAGUCUAGAGUCGGUGGAGCUUGCGAAGCAACCUCACCACCGCAGGAGCAAAUCUCAGCAGGUGCGAUUUAAGGAAGAUGGCACCAGUAAGACUCCACCUGCCCGAGCUGAGGUUGACAUCCAAACUCCUGAGCACCCGGCUGUAAUGGGCGAGACUCAGGCCUCCGGGCACCAUCACCUCCCCACCUACUCACUCUCCUUCCCCAGGUCCCAGAAGGCAGGGGGCUUUCGGCACAUCGCCAUCCAAACCUCCCCCAGUCUCAGGAAGCACUUCCCAGUUUUCAAAAGGAAGAGACUCACGGCUAGCAAGUCCCUGGUGGAAAUGCAGACAGCAUCCCAAAGUGCCAUCCAGGUGAACGGCAAUCUCUCUGAACAGGACAUUGUGUCCUCUGACCUUGCCUACUUAAGGCUGUCUCGGCAUCUUGAAGAUGGGCCUCAAAGGGUCAAGGCGUCCCACCCAUUUCUCCCUAGAAUGUCCAAGGUGCAAAGCAAUGGGCCUGUGAGCAUAUGCUUGGAAACAGGGACAUGGAGGGCCUCAGAGAAAGCAACAGCUGCCAUUCAGGUUCCAGAUGAUAUUUAUCACAGCCCUACCUGGGCAGGUAGAGAGUCCACUUUCAGCCCAGACAGGUCUGCUGAGAUUAGCAACUCCAUACCCACUUUGGUUGACAUAUGUCCAGGUGAUGGGAGAAGAGUGCCACCGUCAGAUUCAGAAAGACCCCUCUCCUGCUUAAAUGCCACCAGCGGUGCCAACCACAUGCCCGGCACAGGGAAACUUAAACCUGAAAUGCUUUUGCCCAAAGAUAACUCUGAUGACAAAGACCUUGGCCCAUUGUCAUCUCAGUCAAAGGAAACGUGUGUUCCCUCACAUCCACAGACUCACAGCUCCCCUUCGCCAGGCUCCCAUAGCCAGCCAGCCCAGCCAGGGGGAGCUUCAGAUUGUGCUUCAUCGAGUAACAAUCACCAGGAUCUGCAGUCACUCAAAACUAACAGUGAGUCAAAAUCUGCCCCUGUGUGUCAGGAGCAGAUGGCAAAGAACCCCUUCCAGUCACACAGCCCAGCGUUUCAAAACUGUCCAGAAAGCGAUCACCUCCCAUCCUCUCUUCCAAGGAGGGAGACCGAACGGCAGGGCACCACGGAAAUGGGUGCACUUAAUCCAAUCCACCUGGCACAGGGUGAGUUCUGCGACCUCCAGGGCAGGCUGCAAUCCGUGGAGGAAUCUCUGCACUCAAACCAAGAGAAAAUUAAAGUCCUUCUGAAUGUAAUUCAAGACUUGGAGAAAGCUCGAGCUCUCACAGAAGGGCGCAACUUUUAUCGAACUGGCCAAGAUCUCAACAACUGCAGGACCUGCCAGAACACAGCGUGCAUCAUAUACAGUGUAGAAUAUGACUUCCGGCAGCAGGAAGGCAGGUUCCAUGAAGUUCUACAGAGUCUGGAGGAAGCAGAGCCAGUUGCGGAGGCAUCUCCCCCACCAAAGUCCCCGGCAGAGCCCUCAGUCCCUGAGAAACAGGACUUAAGGCGGAAAACCAAGAAGGUGAAGAAGAAAUGCUUCUGGUGGAUCUGAGCUCAUGGGGACCUUUACCUCUGCCCUUCCCGAGGUGGGGAACCACUGCCCUCAGGCCUUCUCUACUUCUU